CACAGUGCAAACGGUGGUGUAGCGAUAUUCGAAAAAAAACAAGAAUAUAUUUAAUAUUUAAUUUUUUACUGUCCUGUUUGACAAUAACCAACAACUACAACAACAUGAAUUUAUACAUCACCACCAUCUGCAUCCUGCUGCUGUCAGCUGGUGCAUUUGCCGAUCCCAUUAAGGAUAAUAAUGUCGUCGCAGCGAAUAGUGGAUUUAAUAAGUGCUUGGAAGCUGAUUCAAUCUCGUGCCUGCAAUUAACGCUCUUCCGUAAAGCGAAAUCCUUCUUCGAAAACCCACAAAUCGAAAUCUUUGGCGGCGUUUCCCUCAUCAAAUCCAACGAGGGACGUCAAGGUAAAUCGCUCGAUGAUAAUGCCGUCGCCGUGGAGGCCGCACCCAGCGUUGAAGCACGCACCAGCGAAAUGGGUACCUACCUGAUGACACACGCCAAAAACUUCUUCGCCGAACGUUCGUUGAACUUCAAUUUCGCCAAUGCCGCACGCUCAAUGGCACGUGCCAUUCCCGAUGACAUCAAGGCCGAUUUGCGUGAGUUGGUGGUUGAGUCGCGUACCAAGAAGAAGAAGCUGUUGAAAAAAUUCUUGCCCAUCUUGUUGGGUGUUGGUGCUAAAAUCGCUAUUUUGGGUGUUGGUGCUAUCUUUGGACUGCUCUUCUUGGCCAAGAAGGCGCUCGUCGUCUCCGUCAUUGCCUUCUUCUUGGCCUUGGCUGCUGGUGCUUCGAGCGGUCUGAGCCGUUUGGGCGGCGGUGGUGGCGGCGGCGGCGGUCUGCUCGGCGGUCUCGGUGGCCUGUUCGGCGGCAAGAACUCCGGUGGUUCCAGUGGUGCCAGCUCUGGUGGUUGGUCAUCGGGUGGCGGUAGCGGUGGUUGGUCGUCUGGCGGCAACUCUGGCUGGGAUUCACAUGGUGCCUACAGUUCACCAGUUGCGCAAACAAUCGCCUACUCUGGCUACAAGCCAGCCCGACGAUAAGCACAUCGCGUGGAAGUUGAAGCGUGCAACGGCCUAAAAGCCUUUCUGCGCUGAAAAGCCAAAACAACACUUAGGGUAAUGUAAACAAACAAACUACAGCAUGUAAACUAAACAGGAACGAGAUAAAACAUACAUAAACACAAAUACUAACUCACGUACUCACGUGAGUAAGCUGUCAACGAAGUGAAGAUAGCUACGAGAACAAAAAAUCAACAAAUGAUGGAUGUGACAGCGCGUUGCCGCAUGCAGCGGGAGACGAACUGCAACGAAUUCAUGCAAAA